GGUAUUUGACGAGUCCGCUUCGACUGAUUUUCUGAUUCAGCGCUAUUUCAUCGACUAAUUGCUUCCAAUAGGUAACUUAGAAACAGAGAAAGCUCUCUUGAACUGCUCAGCUUCGUGGGAUAAUAUAUACAACAACAGCAGUCAAAAGCUAUUCCUAUAUACUUAUAUACUAACGUAAUUUAUUAGUGGCGUUAAUCCAGGAAGCGUUAAUAUCACCUGUAUUUAUCCGGCGUACGUAGUAAAGGUCACAAAGCAGACAGCACACUCAGCCAAGUACUUCAAUUUCGAUGUCAGGCGACUCUCCGCAGCCGCAGCCACACAAAGCUCAGCAGGUUGCCGCUGGUGAGACUUUCUUCUAUCGUCAGCACAUUCGCCCCGCUGUAGAAACCAGCUUCCGCAUUCGACUCAUCUCCGGCACCGCCAACCCUGAUCUGACCGACAACGUCGCCAAGUGCCUCAACGUAGAGAAGUGCCAAACGGAUAUCAAGCGCUUCGCCAAUGGCGAGCUGAACAUCAAGGUUGUGGACAACGUCCGCGGCGAUGACUGCUUCAUCAUCCAACCCACCUCUGGUAGUGAGAACACCGACGUAAACACGGCCAUGAUGGAGCUGCUGCUGCUCGUGCACACGCUGAAGCUGUCAUCGGCGAAGCGCAUUACCGCUAUUGUGCCGUAUUACGCCUACAGUCGUCAAGACCGCAAGAGUGAGCCGCGUGUGCCGAUCUCUGCGUCGGCGGUGGCGCAGCUGCUGCAGUGCAUGGGCGUGGACCGCGUCGUCACGAUGGAUCUACACUGCGGCCAGAUCCAAGGCUUCUUCCGCAACAUCCCCGUCGACAAUUUGCUGAUGUUUCCUGAGUUCGCCACGUACCUGAUGCGUCAGCCGUGGUUCGACAAGAACGAGACGGUCGUGGUCUCCCCCGACGCCGGUGGUGUGGAGCGGGCGAACGUGCUGGCGGAUCGCAUCGGUGCCAGUCACAUUGUCACCAUCUUGAAGCGUCGCAAGGAGGCGGGUAAAGUGGACUCGAUGCAGACGGUCGGUAACGUACAGGGUUACACCUGCGUCAUCAUCGACGAUAUGGUCGACACCGCCGGUACGCUGUGCAAGGCGUGCGACCUGUUGAAGGAGAUGGGUGCGACGCGCGUGAUUGCGUGUGCCAGUCACGGCAUCUUGACCGACCCCGCCUGCGAGCGCAUUAAUGCGUGCACGGCGCUAGUGGAGCUGGUGGUGUCGGACUCCAUCGAUCAGAAGGCGACGUCCGCGAAGUGCGAUAAGCUGACGGUGCUGACAACGGCGCCGUUGCUGGCGCAGGCGGUGCACAGCCUUCACAAGGAGGCCUCGCUGUCUUCGCUUUUCGUGAAGGUGUAA